AUGCCGGAGGAAUUACAGGAUGUUACAGAGGCGGCAUCGAGAUUAGUAACGAUAGGAGUUGUAAUCAAGUGUGAUAUUUGUAGUGAAGUAUUAUCAGCUGAAAGCAUUAAACCUUCAAAAAUGAAGCGUCAUCUUGAAAAUAAACAUUUGGCGCUGAUAAACAAACAAGUGGAGUUUUUCAAGAGAAAACUGCUGUCCCUUCGAAGUCAACAGGUAAAUAUUAAAGGUCUUGCUGAUGAUGUUAGCAAAAAUGCUCUUAAGAAGAGUGAUAAAGCAAGAGCCCUUUUGGGAAAAAACAGUGUUUUGAUUGCCAGGUUGAAAAAUUUAAUGCCAAAUUCAAACUGGGUGCAUUGUUUUUUACAUAGACAAGCUUUGGCAGCUAAAGAAAUGCCAGAUGACUUGCGUCACGUUUUGGCUGAGGCUAUCAAAGUUGUUAACUACGUUAAGAGAUGCCCAUUGCAGAGUAGAUUACUUGAAAACUUGUGUGAAGAAGUAGGAGCCCUGCACAAACAUUUGCAGUAA